AUAGUCACAUUCCACCCAAGCAGCAGAGUUUACUGUGGAGCCAUGACUGGUUUUUCUCUCUCCCUCUCUCAGGUCAACCUGUGGCCGAAGCUCCGCCCACCCCUCCUCUGUAAGGUGUGUGUGUGUGUGUGUGUGUGUGUGUGUGGUUAUUUAAAGGACUGGCUCUCUCUCGCUGGGCAAUCAACACCAGCUCUGCAUCAUCUGCUUACCGCCUGCUGCUGCUUUCAGGGAAUACAGUGUGAACAGUCAGAGCGGUUUUCCUCAAAGACGUCUGCUGGAGAAACAGUCAGUGAAGAAAUGUUGCCGCUGUCUGUCCUGCUGCCUCUGACAGCCGUUUCCUUCCUGCCCUCCUCAGCAUUUGGUUCAGAGUCCAGCGUGCCCCUCCCGGUGACCUGUGUGACUCGUGGAGCUGACCUGAUGGAGGACAGUGUGGUGGUCUUAUGUCCUCCAGACUGCACCCAGUGGAGAGUGUCAGUGUUUGGGACGGGGACCUACGCCUCUGUCUCGUCCGUCUGUGGAGCUGCUGUACACAGGGGCGUCCUGGGUCCAUCUGGGGGCCCCGUCAGGGUCCACAAGCUGCAGGGACGACACAACUACCUGAGCUCCUAUGCCCACGGCAUCCAGUCACAGGCCCUGUCUCGCUGGACCACCUCCUUCAACCUCAGCAAGCCUGUUACUGUCCCAUUAGAGCUGACCAGUGUGACCAGUACCACACCACUACCGGGAGCCGCUCAACCAGCAAAGAAACCGGUGAAGAAGCCCUCGGUGAAGAAAGCCCUGAGCGGUGGAAAUAAAGACUGUCAGAUGGACAUCGCCGUGGUGAUCGACAGCAGCAACAACAUCGGGCAGCGGAGGUUCAACCUGCAGAAGAACUUUGUCACCAAGCUGGCUGCCGUGUUGAGAGUCGGACCAACGGGACCUCAUGUAGGCCUGAUCCAGGCCAGUGACACUCCCAGGACCGAGUUCCUACUGACCAACUACACCCAGCCUAAAGAGCUGUUGUUCGCCAUCAGGGAAGUGGCCUACCUGGGAGGAGACACCAACACAGGUAAGGCCAUCAUGCACACAGCAGAGACCUUCUUCAGCCAGGACAAUGGGGGGAGGCGCGGUCACCCGAGAGUGAUGAUGGUGCUGGUUGACGGGUGGCCGUCAGACGACCUGGGGGAGGCUGCCAUGUUGGCCCGAGAGUCUGGCAUCAAUGUCUUCUUGGUGUCUGUGGCCAAACCGGCACCAGAGGAGCUCGCCAUGGUGCGGGACAAGGACUUCACCAAGAAGGCUGUGUGUAAAGAUAACGGUUUCUUCAGUUACCCAAUCCCCAGCUGGUUCAGCACCACCAAACACAUCAAACCUCUCACUCAGAGAAUCUGCUCGCUGGACAGCCUGCUCUGCAGUAGAACCUGCUACAACUCAGUCAACAUCGGCUUCCUGAUUGACGGCUCGUCCAGCGUCGGCAUGGGAAACUUCCAGCUGAUGCUGGACUUCCUGGCAGGAAUCGCCCGAAGCUUUGACAUCUCAGAUGUGGGCGCUCGCAUCGGUGCAGUGCAGUUCACCUAUGAACAGAGGCUGGAGUUUGGCCUGUCUCACUACUCCAACAAAGAUGAGGUCAUCGGCGCCCUGAGGAGGAUCUCCUACAUGAGUGGAGGAACGGCCACUGGCGCAGCCAUCAGCUACACCACCCAGAACCUGUUCAGGCAAACUGGACGAGGUCGCAACUUCCUCAUUGUGGUGACAGACGGCCAGUCGUAUGACGACACGAGAGCCCCGGCAAUGGCUGCACACAAACAAGGCAUCACUAUUUACUCGGUGGGUGUGGCCUGGGCGCCGCUGGAUGACCUCAAAGCGAUGUCGUCAGAGCCAAAGGAAAGCCACACCUUCUUCACCAGAGAGUUCACUGGCCUCACCGAGUUCAUCCCGCUGCUGGUCCGAGGGAUCUGCCGGGACUUCACCGAGAACAACUGAGAGUGCACGCGCACGCACGCACACACACACACACACACACACACACACACACACACUUACCCUUGUUUUGGCCACUUAGGUCUUUCCGUUGACUUACAUUCAUUUCCUGGAGACGUACCCUAACUUGAACUGUAACCGCUACCUUUCUAGCCCUAACCUCAGCCUAACCCUAAACCAUGUAGUCGCCCUAAAACUCACUGAUUCACUUUGUGAGGACCAGCGCCCGGUCGCCAUGAUGAAGAUGAGUCUCCACAAUGUUAGUGACUCUGGGUUUUGAGUCCCCAUGGUAUAGAAAAACAAGGCCACACACACUUCCUAAACUUUUCUUAAAUUGUAAUCUAUAAUCGUUUUUAAGGGGACACAGUCACAGUGGGCUUUGUAAAAAGGACUUUUACCUUCACAGCCUGUUUCUGAGUGGUCAAAGCACGGCUGGAAUCAGCUGAGUGUCCCCUUUGACAUGGACACAGUGGACCUGGUCUGUCCGUCACAAGGCAGUGGACCCUUUUGUGAGCCACAUGGUGUGGACUGUCGCAGAGCUCUGCAGGUGUCAUGGAGGAAACACUGUGCUCACAGACGACUUCAUCUCCCUCUUCAGAUGGUUUUGUGUGCAAAUAGUGCAGAAUGUUUGAAAAGAUGGCAAAAUCCUAAAUACGUCUGUUCAAAACAAACUGCAUUCAAUUCAAGCAGCUCGUUUAAAAAUAACGUUAUGUGUAAAUGACUUUUCUUAACAUAGUUAGAAACGGCUUUCGUUUGAAAGACAUGAGAAUGAAAUGAUCCACCAGAUAGUUACAAUAGAUUGUAGAAAGUGGUGUUUACCCAAAAUGCAAAAGAAAAUCCAGAUUUAUUUUAAAGAGCCCAGAGUGCCGCUAACACUCGCCUCAGGUUUUUGCUGCAACAGGAACUGAGGUUUCAGGCGGUUGUUUCUGCUCUGGCUGCUUAUGGAGGAGCUCAGUAGACUGUAAAGGGAAGCUUUGUCUGGGUCUGGAGAGACAAACGCAUAUAAUCGAAAAAACACUGUUUUGAGCCUCAUCGUAAAAUGUCGCCUGCUCUGUAACGUCACGUUCACUUAAUGGGAGUGAGAUAGCUCGAUUAUUGCACAGGACUGAUUAUUUCCUCCAUGACACCUGCCAGGUUACGUUGACUGGAGUCUGUGAAAGGGUUUUAUUUUGGAAACAAACUUAAAUGUCCAUCCUUUGACUGAAGCCGCUGUCUGUAAGGAAAUCAGUGUAAACACUGAGGGAUGGUGAUCAACAGGACAUGUAUGGGUCUGGGGAAGCUCAGUCCUACAGCCAGCUGUCGGGCUGUCCCUGUCUAAUUUGGAAGGUAAAUGACAAUUCUGUCCUUUCCUGUAUUUAUUACCUGUUUUUCUUGUGUU